UCUUCUUGCCAGAACUGCUACAUAUGUAUCCACAGCUACUACAAGUUAUUCUGAAAGAUCAACUGAAAUUACUGAAGAACUCACUUCAAGAGAUAAUAUUUCAAAACAAGGCAAUGGUAUUCAAAAAUAA